GUCGUCAAGCGCAGCCUCGAAGCCAGUUGUACCCACGACAUGUGCGUGACCGGCGCCACUGACCAGGAGUUGGACUCGCUGCGCAGCAGUGCCUUCAACGCGACGGAGCCCAGAGUCGGCGGAAUGUCCAAGACCAUGAGCCCGGCGCUGAUGGGCGGCCGCGACUUCGAUCCCAUACAUAGGUGUAGCAGGGACUUGGUCGUCGCUUUGCACCGCGCGCUCUGGGAAGGGUGGCUGCCUGAGCAGGUCUUGCAGGCCGGCUUCGCGGCUGAACUGGCGCGGGCCCAGUCCGCGGAGCGCUGGCAGUCGUCGAAGGCGCUCGAGCGGGCCGGGUUGCCGCAGGGCGCCCUGCCCUUCCGGCAGCUCCGCAGAUGGACGAGCGUCGGGAAGGGGUCGGCGGCCGAUGCCAUGCGAUGGCCACCGCUCGCCGACAAGGAGAAGGGCUACGCGCGGUGCGGGGCCGCGCCCGGCACGCUCCGGCACCGGCACGUCGAGCGCAGCGACGGCUGGGAGGGCCUCGACCUACCCGCGGCCAUGGCGGGGCUGAAGGCGCGCGGCGACAGCGACGCGGCGCGGGCGCUGGCGGGCACGCUGCCCCUGGCCGAGCCGCAGCACCGCUGGGCGCCCAGCUGCGGAGCGCUCGUGGACGGCUCCGCCUUCGACGCAGAGGCAGCCGACCUGACCGCGGCAGGAUGCGCGGUCAUCGCGUUGCCGCCAGGGCCGGAGUAG